AUGUCGAGCCACGAGAUUUGGGCCAAGUCCGGUGGUGUCCCACCAAGCUACGAGAUACUUAAGGCUCGCACUAAAGUAUGUGCUCUCGACAAUGUGGGGAUCGAUCCUCAGCCUUUGGGGUCAGAUAUAUACACUGGUGCCGUCGUCGGUUUGAAGUGGGGUGUGUCCCUUAUCUUUAAGGAUUUCAUUUACCUCUACGACUUGGCUAGUGUUAGGGGGGAAAGUCACAAUUUCUUUUUUACGUCUGAGUCUGGUAAAAAGGUAUUUACUUGUAAGCCCACUUCCACCAAGUACUGGAAAAACCAACCUCUCUUAAUCACUAGGGAGUGGGUGGCGUCUGAGAUGUCUAACAUGUCUAUCCUGUUUGCGUUUGCCCUAAAACCUGUACUUUCUUCGAACAAAAGGUAUCUCAUUCCUGAGGACUGGAUUGCUUGGUUGGAGGAGAACUUGGUUGGUCAGGGGUGGGAUAUCACACACUUCCUCGAUCCGGCUACUUUCAUUCGUCUCUCCACUGCUCGUCGUUUGGCGACUUACCUCCCGUUCAUUUUGGUUGACCCAAACGUAUGCGAAAUAAACUUGUUCAAAGACAUUUGUUCUGUCAACGUUGAGCUUUGUUGCACCAAAGAUUCAUCGUCUCUUAUCCAGGCUAGCUUUCAAGAAAGGGAGGCUGAGUUAGCUCAACACAACAGCUCCGAGGACUGCGUAUUCGGGUCUAAGUCUAAUCAGUCAGAUAUGUCAGUGCCACGCUCAUUGUCGGUCUCAGGUCGUAGGGAAAGGAGACCUGGAAAAGAGCCCGAGCCUUCCGUGUCUGCGAAGAAGUCCUGCCAUGCUUCACAGGUCGUUUUGGGUUUGGGCUCACCCAAUGUAUCCGCUUCGAGUACUCCGUCCUGA